AUGCCUCGUCGCAGUAUUAUCAACCAUCUUUCCGUGGGAAGCACCAAGGACAAACUGGCAGACAUGAUCAUGAUGUAUGACGCUGUCGCGGCUGCUCUUGGUGCCACUCGUCAGAUGGCUUUUACCAAAGACUUUGCCGAUGGUAAGACGGCCAAAGCAGAAGACCUCUUGGCAGCUGCCUAUGGAAGGACCGCUCCAGAACUAUGGGUUCAGCUUCCGCAUGAUGAAAAGGAAGCCACAGCAGGGAAUGGGACAAUGGGACGCACAUCGCUCUGGAUUGCGAAAGCCGAGCUCAAGUCAAGGCUGUCUACGAGGCUGCCAUGGCUCAUGGUGCCAAAGACAAUGGACCACCAGGGCCCCGUCCAGAUUCAGGAGAGCAUUACUACGCUGGGUAUUUUAUUGAUUUAUGUGGAAACAAAAUGGAAGCCAUCUAUCUCCCCACCGAAGAGGAAAUUAAAAAGAUGGAUGGUAAGGAAGAGGAAGAAGAGAGAGAGAGGCCAGCAAAAGUUUCCCGUGUCGAAUGAUUGGUGGGUGUAG